GAUAAAUGCUAUGUCUGGUUGAUCAAAAAAAAUAAUAAUCUGAACGUGGUCUUAGUUAAUUUAAAAUUAAAGAGAAAAUAACAAGUGUCCAGGUACAUUAGCGAAAGACACUUUGAACUGAAUCAGAUUGGUCUUUAAAAAGCCUAUACUCACUUCUCCUUCUUCCACUUCAAAACUGAAUCAGAUUGGUCUUUUUCUCUCCCUACGGUUCUCCACAAGACAAAAGCUUAAAACAAAGCAAAUCCACAUCCUUCAAUGGCUUCCAUGUCCACCGUCUCCCCCAAAACAACUCCAUUCCUCUCUCACCCCCUCACCAAAUCCCAUUCCCUAACCGCAACAACCACCGUUUCAUUCCCCUCCAACUCAAGAUCCCGCACCGGAAAAACCACUCUCAGCGUACGAUCUGCACUGAUCGAGCCAGACGGCGGGAAGCUGGUGGAGCUCGUGGUCCCUGAGCCGCGACGAAGGGAGAAGAAGCACGAGGCGGCGGAGUUACCGAGAGUGAAGCUGACGGCGAUCGAUCUACAGUGGAUGCACGUGUUGAGCGAAGGCUGGGCGAGUCCUCUCCGUGGGUUUAUGAGGGAAUCUGAGUUCCUUCAAACUCUUCAUUUCAACUCGCUUCGUCUUGACGACGGAUCCGUCGUUAAUAUGUCUGUACCUAUCGUUCUUGAUAUCGAUGAUGAACAGAAAGCUCUAAUCGGAGGAUCUACACGUGUCGCGCUCGUUGAUUCUGAUGAUAAUCCAAUCGCUAUCCUCAGCGACAUUGAGAUAUACAAACAUCCGAAAGAGGAAAGAAUAGCUAGAACAUGGGGCACGACCGCACCAGGCUUGCCUUAUGCGGAAGAGGCGAUAACCAAUGCUGGAAACUGGCUCAUUGGUGGUGACCUGGAGGUUCUUGAACCUGUCAAGUACAACGACGGGCUUGACCGUUUCAGGCUUUCGCCAUUCGAACUCCGAAAAGAGCUGGAGAAGCGUGGCGCAGACGCUGUCUUUGCGUUCCAGCUCAGGAACCCCGUUCACAACGGACACGCCCUUCUCAUGACCGACACUCGCCGGAGACUACUUGAGAUGGGUUACAAAAACCCGAUCCUUUUGCUUCAUCCACUUGGUGGGUUCACAAAAGCGGAUGAUGUUCCUCUAAGCUGGCGAAUGAAGCAGCACGAGAAGGUGCUAGAGGACGGUGUUCUUGAUCCGGAGACGACUGUGGUUUCCAUAUUCCCAUCUCCAAUGCUUUACGCUGGUCCAACGGAAGUGCAGUGGCACGCAAAGGCUAGGAUCAAUGCUGGUGCUAACUUCUACAUUGUGGGUAGAGAUCCAGCUGGAAUGGGUCACCCUGUGGAGAAACGCGAUCUCUAUGAUGCUGAUCAUGGGAAGAAAGUACUAAGCAUGGCUCCUGGACUUGAACGACUCAACAUUCUUCCUUUCAGGGUUGCUGCGUAUGAUAAGACACAAGGCAAGAUGGCCUUCUUUGAUCCAUCGAGGGCUCAAGACUUCUUGUUCAUCUCUGGCACUAAGAUGCGAGGACUGGCAAAGAACAAAGAAAGCCCACCAGAUGGAUUCAUGUGCCCUGGAGGCUGGAAAGUUCUUGUUGAUUACUAUGACAGUUUGAGUCUAACCGGAAAUGCCAGGCUCCCGGAAAAGGUUCCGGUUUAAGACAGAUUAAUCUCAUUUCUUUGUUUUGUUUUACUUCGUGUUGUAGAUUAAUAACGUGGUAGUUUCUUAAAGAUCAACAUUAUGAUCAUAUUUAUCCUAUUGCAAGGUUUUGGAAAAAAGCUUAUAUGAACAUGUUGAAAUUUUGAAUUAUACAAUUUAGCUUUUUUUUUUUAUAAUUGAAAUGCAUUUUUGACAAUUUUAGAUCCAUUUGCGUGGAUAAUACUCCAGCCAGAAUGAUAAAUUUAAUAAUCUUGAUCAAAUCUUAUCCAUGGGAGAAUCUUCAAAAGUGAUUAGGCUAUCUAGGAAGUAAUUCCAAGGAUCAGAACACAUGUUGAUAACAUAAAGUUGGUUCAAAACUACUAUUCCAGCAUCAGAGAAUGCAGUCACAAUGCAUGACAAGCAGAAACGGACUUGUUAAACCAUUGGAAGCCCGCCUCAGUUACCAAAGCAAGCUCAUCGAAAAGGUUGUCAUUUUUGUGGAAAAUGAAAAUCAGAGUUUCAGAUUAUUACAGUCGUAGAAAUCAACUGAAAAGAGACUCGAGAUUAAAUCUCUGUC